CUGAAUGUGCCAUGCUAACCACAUGCACACCUUGCUCUUCAACUAAGUUGCCAAACCCCAUGUAACAUCCUGCAGAUGCCCACAUUGGCACUUGCUGACCUCCUAUUCUGCCAUCACAUCGUUUUGACCUCUGCAUGGCUGAAGCAGUGGACUUUUUGACUAACUUCUCUGCUAAAAUAACUUAAGACUAAUGUCGUAGGUUAACUUUGCGGCUUUUGCAGAUGGGUUACAAUUCUACAUGCCAAGGUCAUUCACUGCCAUGACACCACUUCUUCAUUCACUCCUGUGGCCCCAAACAGCUCAAGUGGAACGCAAGAUGUGCUUUCAGGUAUGUGCGAAGCCAGAAAAAAAGCUCCCCAUGAAUGUGCCCUGUAUACCAGACUAACCACUGAUACCACAACAAUCACAACUGUCCGCCUUGGUUUAGCAGGACAUUUACUGAUGAUAUGGCCAUUGUGUCCUUUUGGUGCUUAUUGAUAUACAUGUACGUUUCAUUACACUGGAGGAAUAUUGCUGAUGGAGCUAAACAUUUUUCGCCAAGUGGCUGCCAGCUGGUUUCCAAAGUGGCACGUUGCAGAUAUUUAUGGCUCACGUCAAUUCCUCAAGAUCUCCCACCUGAUAUACAAGAAUUGCUUGUGGAUCACAACUAUGUGAACAGUCUAGAUGAAGAUACUUUGCAGCGUUAUCCUGAUCUCAUCAACUUGAGCUUAAAAUCCAACAAUUUGGGUCAUAUAGACUUGAAAGCUUUUAGGGACACAUCUAAGCUGGAGUCAUUAUCACUACAGGACAACACUAUUUUCAAAAAAUAUACUUUGGUAUCCUUGGGCUUGAGAUCUGCCUUAUCCCUCAGGUGGUUGGAUCUUUCCAAAAACGCUCUUAAUGAGGACAUGGUACCUACACUUGUUACAAAUUUGACAUCCCUGGAAUAUCUAGAUUUGGACAAUAAUGUUAUCAUGCGUUUGGAUAGGUCCUCCUUUGAAGGUCUGAGGAACUUGAGAGAGCUGAGCCUUCAGAGGAAUUAUAUUUACGAGAUUGAAAUAGGCACGUUUGACAGCCUUGUGAACCUGAAGAUCCUGAACCUUGCUUUCAACUUGCUGCCAUGUAUUGUUGACUUUGGUUUGACACAGCUUCAAAUACUCAAUCUCAGCUACAAUCACAUUGAAUGGUUCUUUUCAAGGGAAGUUGAUGUUGAUUUUCAGCUGCAAAAAUUGGACAUUUCUAACAACCAAUUGUUUUUUUUCCCUUUUUUACCAAAGAACCAUCAUUUAAACACAUUGCUGCUGUCAGACAACAAAAUGAAGUUCUAUAGCAAACACUUUGAUGAAUAUUCAUCCUUUGUAGAUUUCCUCAUACUCGAAAACAAUAAAUCCAAUAUCACCAAUGUUUACCUGUGGAAAGACUUCAUCCCAAGUAAUCUCUCUACUUUAAAUGUUGUAGACUUUAGCAGAAACCAAUUUGAUUAUUUGCCAGAUGACUUUCUUGCUGCAAUGUCAUCUAUGUCUUAUUUGAAACUCAAUUGGAACUGCUUAGAAACAUUUGAUUUAUCAAGCAAACAUAUUACAAGUCAUCUCCAUUUUCUAGACCUGAGUAAUAAUAGACUAUCAGAGCUAAGCCUAGAAGACAGCAGCUCCAAACUUGAUCAGCUCAGAUACCUUAACCUUAGCCAAAAUAGACUACAGGAGCUGCCCACACAAUUUUUCAGCACCAUGAACAGCUUAAGCACCCUGGAUCUGAGCCAUAAUCUGAUCUCCCUAUGUUCUACUUCAGCCAAUAUUGUUGGUUACCAGAACUGUGUGGACCUUAGAAAUAUACCAUCUCUUCAGCACCUUCGCUUGUCAGGCUGUGGGCUAAAAUUGGACAAGCAACUUAUUUUCCAUAGAGCUAGACUAACAAACCUCGAUGUUUCCUACAAUCAGUUUAAAAGCCUUGACUUUUUGCAAAAUACAGUCAAAAUGCUUAAAUCUCUUUCUCUUCGAAAAAGCUUACACUUUGUGGACAAAAUUGAUUUCUCUGCGUUCCAGAGCUUGACUUCCCUUGAUAUAUCAGAAAAUAACCUCACUACAUUACCCAUGUCAGUAAUGGAUCUUACUCUUCAGUGUUUGGAUAUCCAUGAAAACAAAUUGACUUCAAUACCAAUAUCCAGUUCUUACCAACCUCUCAUAAGGAGCCUCAAAACCAUUUACCUAAGUAGAAACACAUUUGACUGCUGUAAGUUGAGCUGGUAUGAUAUCCUUAAAGAAUCCAAUGGUAUCAACAUCGCUGAUCUCAAUCAGAUCACUUGUAAUUUCUCCAAAAGCCAUAUCUUUGUGCAGGAGCUUCCAGAGUCUGUGAUUCAAAGUUGUCACUGGAGAAAUGGAGGUGCUUUGUUGUCACUGGUCCUCUCUCUUCCCACUUGUGUGACCUUGUUAGUGGCUUUUAUCUUGCUGUACCUUCGAUUUAAACGACCACUGCUUAAAAUGUUCAAAGAAAAUUUUCAGACGUCCUCAAGCUACUAAGUUCUAAAACGUCAAAAAUGUAGCCAACUGUUUGAGAGGGGUGUUGACUUUGAGGUGGGCUCCUUGUCACUGGAAAGCCUAAGUAGUAGCAGAGAUCUUUGAAGAGGACCUUUCUGCUCUCAUGACACUUCUGUUUUAGUAAAUACUUGUAUUCUCCAUAACAUAACAAUUCUGGCUAAUCUUAAAACUCUGCAUUGUACUGUUGAUCUGUUAUUCCUCCUAGAAAUGUAUGCAUACAUUGGCAACUGGAUGUUACCAUUCCUUUUUGUCAAAAUGGGGUGUGUCAGUGUGUGUAGGAACACCCCCCAAAACCAGUAACACCCAGUUUUCAGAGGAACGACACAUCACAGACUUAUGAAUAGAUGCUCCAGAAUUGUUAUUUCAUAGGUGAUACAAAUAUGUACCUCAAUGAACAUAUCUAGAGUGGGUUGCAGGUCUUCUUUAAAUAGCAAGCCCAAUGUUUAGAAAAGUGUGUAUUUGUAUUAUAAAAUAUAUGUUCUAAUUGUAUUAAUUAUAAAUAAAAGCAACACAUUGUAACACAGUUUGCUUCUACACUAGCCUAACAUUGAGCUGAACAGAUGGGCCAGUGUUGCUCCUAUUUGAGUCUAUCACUUAAAGAGGAUUUCGAGGAUCCCUGUGGUUUUGAUGAAGCCCCCCUAGCAUCGUUGACCUAAUACAAGAAUCAUACUUACCUGGUCCCCACUGGUCCAGUCCUGCGUCCUGGCUGUGUUUGACAAUCUUCUGGUCCCAGUCUUGUUGAUUUCUGACCUGACUGUGGACAGUCACUUGCCAUGCUGCAGUCAAUGACUGGCCUCAGCAGUGACAUGUCCCCUAGGGGCACUUCACUGCUGGGUCCCUUGCCGCUGGGAAAUCAGUGAUUGGCUGCAGCAGUGCAUGCAAAAAGCAUCCACAGCCCAGCUGGAAGUCAUCAAGCCUGAGACUGGAAGACUGGCUACUACAGCCCGGGCACAGGACCAGAGCAGUUGGGACCAGGUAAGUGUGUUUCAUAUAUUAGGUCAACCAUGCUAAAUGGGCUUAUUAAAAACCCAGGGGAUCGUGCAGAACUCCCUUCAGUUUGUGAAAUUACAGAUGGCAACACUGAACUGCAAUCACAUCUGGAAAUCAUUAUUUGUUUGCCGAGACUCUUAGAUGUUAGAGUUGGGAGAGUUUUGGAUGUACCAACCUGUUGAACAAUGCUAGAGCUUAGAACACUGCCCUGGGGUGAAAUUAGCAGGAAAGUCAUAGAUCUGUUCAUCAAAAAUACAUUUGGUUUAAAGGGAAACUACAAGAGAAUUGAUGAAUCAGUAGAAACUGUAAUUGUCACAUUAAUCCUUAAUAAAAACCUAAAAUUAAUUUU